CAGAAACAGCUACCUGAGUUGCUCGAGACGAGUGGAGAAUGAACCAAUUUGCUUGUUUACUAGAUAACAAUAAAGAGAUAAAGCUACCCUACUAUCAUGCAAUAUGGCUUACUAGCUAUGUCGAUACCUUGCCAGUCACUUGAGAAUCAGCGGGAAGCCUUUGCAUUUCUUGUCUUUCAACAAGAAACGUUAGAGCAUUUUGAAUUGGGGAUCUACGUUGCCAUUGACCGAAUAACAACUUAGCUCGCUAGCUGCAUAGCUGGCUUGAUAAGGUUCCGUCAACAAAGAGCCCAUGUCCUCAGAGUUUACGAUAGAUAUUCAGCUGACGGAGCUUGGCUUUCCGGAAAUCUUCCAAGAUGGGGCAGUGGCUAAAGAGAUACCACCCCUUCCUGUCUCUGCUGAUUCAACACGUACCCCCGUGACAUCUCGAAACUCUCAGACUGGCUCUCCUCCUUCUCCAGACAUACAUGCCAACAGUGUGUCACAAGGCCGUGUUCCUCCCAUUGCCAGGAAUUCGACCGAGAAAUGCGUCAACAGUCCCACACAACAGAUCACCUCAGAAAGCACUCAAAAUGCAGACCAGUCACACCCCAGGCCUAAUGCAGACGUUAGGCCCAGUACUGAAAAGCAGUCAAACGCAGCUGAGUUUAACAGUGUCGCACAUAAAGUUAACUCUGUGGUCAGCCAAAUGCCAGAAGCGGCAACUGUUCUCAUCCAUUCUCCUAACCCUAAUCCUAAACCGAACACAGAGACUGCCAAGACAAUCGCUGGAAGAAGGGGAGACAGGAGAAGCAGUAAAGGUGUUGGAGGAAGUGGCAGUACUGGGAAGCAACAGGGACGUGGAGUGAAAGACAGCACGAAUGAAGCAGAGGAGGACUCAGAGGAGACUGAAGACAGUGAUGUCUCUGAAGAGGAAGAAGAGGAGGAGGAGGAAGAAGAUGAGGAGGGGGAAGGAGAGGACAUUGUCUCAGAUACCUCUGUGGAUGGCUCAGCCGAGCAUCGGUGCAAGGUGUGCGACAUCGCCUUGCCCUCCUUAUUCCGGCUGCAGGAGCACAUGCGCCUGCACAGCGGGACGCGUCCCCACCGCUGUGCCGAGUGCGGCAAGCAGUUCUGCCACCUGGCCAACUACCGCGCCCACCUGCGCGGCCACGCCCAGGCCGCCUCCGUCCGCUGCCGGGUCUGCGAGGCCAGCUUCGACUCGACGGAGAAACUGCGGCUCCACCUGGAGGGCUCGCACCCGGAGAAGGAGUUCUACCAGUGCGACUACUGCAAGCGCGUCUUCACCUGCCUGAGCGAGUGCCAGCGGCACGUAGACCAGCACCGGCGCGAGCCGCCGCGGCACCAGUGCCCGCACUGCGAGUCCAACUUCCGCCGGCGCAAGUACCUGCUCCGCCACAUGGAGCGGCACACCCGCCGGCGCUCCUACCUCUGCACCGACUGCGGCCAGGCCUUUGCCCGCAAGAACGUCCUCUUCCGCCACAGCUUCUCGCACCUGGGGCUGCUGCCCUACACAUGCGUCCGCUGCCGCCGCCACUUCCGCCUGGCCUCGCUCUACCGCCGGCACGUGUGCGAGCCCGAGAGGAUCCAGUGCGUGGCCUGCCUGGGCUUCUUCCGCAGCCAGGAGGACUUCCAGAGGCACAAGGAGGAGACGGGCUGCUGGGGCCACCAGGGAGCGCGGGGGGACGAGAUCCGCUGCAUGGAGUGCGGGCAGGCCUUCCAGAGCACCGAGGAGCUGAAGAAGCACGCGGGCGCGCACCAGCGGGUGCUGACGUGCUCCGAGUGCGGCAAGGGCUUCCGCUCGGCCCUGCUCCUGAUGUCGCACAUGGGCGGCCAUGCCGGACAGAGGCCCUGUCUGUGCCAGCACUGCGGCCUGGGCUUCCCGCACCAGCAAGCCUACGACAGCCACCGCAAGGACUGCGGCCGCGUGCCCCCUGCCCCGGUGGCAGCAAAGAAGCAAAAGGAUACCCCCAGUAAAGCCCCUGUGACGACAACUCGGACACAGAUUGCCCCGAAAGAUGUGUGGAAACUCACGCUAGAUAAACCUCCCCCACCUGGCGCAACCCUUGUUAUGCUCUUCCCCACCCCUGGCAGCUCCUCAUCUCCCGGCCUGCCAGGGUGGACGUCCACUGACGCCCUCAGCUCCUCACAGACAGGGGACCUGCAGGUGCAAGCACCCAUGUUGCAGACGGUGGGGGGGACCGCAUCGCCACCACGGACGGGAACGCCGGGGGCGUCUCCUGACUCCCAGGAAACGCUCUCGGGCGCUGUGCUUCCUGGUUCCUUGCGUGUGCCGGGGACGACGCUCGAGCUGCAGAUUUCCAAGGCCACGUUCGUGCAAGGGCCCGAACAUUCCGUGCUCCCGUUGUCUUCAGCGGUGGAAGAUGGCACACAGCCAUCAGGCGCUCUGCUACCUCUCAGUACAGCCGUGGGAUCCACACUUUCCCAGGUUACUGGGCGGAUUUUAGAAGCCGCCAGUGUUCCAUCUGUUGCAGAUAAGGCAAGAGUCCCAACUGCAGCAAAAGACACGGAAAGUACCAGGGAAGAGGCAAACAUCAAACGUGAGCAGGGUCCAGAAUAUGAUGUAAACAUGGGGACGGUGAAGGAGGAGAGAGUGGAAGAGGAUGACAUGAAAAAAAAGGGAGAGAUAGAGGUCAGGGCAAACAACAUGCUGCCGGGAGAUGUCCUUUCAAGACUAACAGUAGAGAGUAAGCCAGUGGUGAACCAGAUGGAGAGCAGGACAAUGCUGGAUCUGAAGGAGAGAGGAGAAACGGGUACGCCGAUCCAUUUAAAAAUUGAAUUGCCUGCUCACCUGCGUUCUGAAAUUGCAUCAAGUUUAGGCCUGUUACAGGCCAAAAAGCAAGCAGGUUCUUCCAGCUCCGGCUGGCCAGGGCUGGGAGAUCUAGAUAAGGUAGCUUCGGGUCCAAAUACCUUGAUACCCAUGGAGUGUGAAACGAGAGUGGAUGAAGGGAUGAACGUUGAUGAGGGAGGAGUGGUGCAGGGGGGUCUGGCCAUGGGAGAAAUGAAAGAAGAUGAAGGUGGAGCUUUUAAUAGCGUGGAGGUGGAGAUUCAGGAUGAAGACGUGCAGGGAGAGCAGGAGAUGGACGGAGAACCCCAUGAGUGUCUGAGCUGUGGUCAGAUCAUUCUGGAAGGGGAUCUUGUCCAACACUACAUGCAACAUGCUAUAGAAUGUGACUCCUCUCCUGAUGACUCUAUACCUCAGACCACCUCUCAGCCCCUGUCUUCCCCCUCCCCUCCCGGCACCCCUCCAAGGAGGAAACUAAGGUCCCGUAAAACGUCUUGA